CCCCCUCCCCUCUGGUUUUUUUCUCCCCCUCCUCCUCUGCCCGAUGCUUUUCCUGAGGCAAACCAUCCCCACCCCCCACUCACCUCCUCCCACCUCCUUCUCCCUCUCUCGUCGCCCUAUUCGCUUAGGCUUUAGGAUUUUGAUCUUCUUUUUUGUUUUUCUUCCUUUUGUUCUCUACAAAGUGUGUCUCCCUCUCUCUCUUCUCUCUUCCCCCUUCUCUCUCUCUUCACAGACAUCAGCACCACCCACCCUUCACCCGCCCCCUCCUCCUUCUGUCUCCCUCUUUCUUCGACAUCCACAACCUCACUUCCCAGAACACCCAAACAGUCACCCAAAAAAAAAAUUAUUCAAGAUCAAAUCCCUAAAUAGCCAUCCAAAAAAUUUCAAGAUCCUUAUUAUUAACCUCACCUUACUCCCUAGGAAACCCAAAUAGCCAAACAGCCACCAAAGAUAAAAAAAAAUUCAAGAUCCAAAUCCUAAACAGCCACCCAAAAAAUCUCGAGAUAUUUAUUAUUAAAUUUAGUUUUCCUCUUCGUAACCUUGGCAGGGGAAGAGAGAGACGCAAAAAGAGAGUGGGAGGGAGAAAAAGGAGGGGGUGGGCACAUGGGGGGAGAAGAGACAGAGGGUGGAGGAUGGUGAUGUUGGUGGAUGUUGAAGAGGAGGGAGAAAGAGAUCGAAGAGAGGGUGGUGAUUUUGGUGGCUGUCAAACAGAGGGUCAGAAGUUGAGCCUUUCGAUGAGGGAUGUUGAUCAACAUACAGGGAAGGAUUUGCUCCCCUUGAAGAAGAGCUCAGAGAAUGAUGCUCUUAGAUGAAGCCAUUUUUUUCAAAGGAUGGACCUGUGACUAGGACUGGUCUUUCUGGGAUUAGGAUUGUGGAAAAGGAUGAUUUUGGCCCAUCACAGCGGCCAUUGAAGAGAACGAGCUCGCCAGAGAAGUGGGAAGCCAAACAGUUGAUUGCCUCAGGUGUUUUGGGUGUUACAGAGUAUCCUAUGUAUGAUGAGGAAACCGAUGGGAUGCUUUAUCAAGAAGAGGGAGCUGAGGAAGAGCUUGACAUUGAGCUCAAUGAGGACGAGCCAGCCUUUUUAAACGGACAGAGCAGGUAUUCUGUUGAUAUGUCACCUGUGAAAAUCUUCAAGAACCCAGAAGGGUCACUAGGUCGUGCAGCUGCACUUCAGUCCGCACUCAUUAAGGAGCGUAGAGAAGUGCGUGAGCAGCAGCAAAGAACCAUGUCGGAUUCUAUCCCAAAGGAUCUCAAUCGUCCCUGGGAAGAUCCAAUGCCAGAGACUGGUGAGAGGCAUCUUGCACAAGAACUUAGAGGUGUUGGUUUAUCGGCAUAUGAUAUGCCUGAGUGGAAGAAGGAUGCUUUUGGGAAAACCAUCAGUUUUGGGCAGAGGUCAAAACUCUCAAUCCAGGAACAGAGGCAGAGCUUGCCUAUCUACAAGCUGAAGAAAGAAUUGAUUGCAGCGGUGCAUGAGAACCAAGUGCUUGUCGUCAUUGGUGAGACUGGUUCGGGUAAGACAACACAGGUAACACAGUAUCUUGCAGCAGUGGGUUACACGACAAUGGGUAAGAUUGAUUGUACACAGCCACGUAGGGUGGCUGCCAUGUCUGUGGCCAAGAGGGUUGCUGAAGAGUUUGGUUGUCGUUUAGGAGAGGAAGUCGGCUAUGCAAUUCGUUUUGAGGAUUGCACUGGUCCCGAUACUGUCAUCAAGUACAUGACUGAUGGUAUGCUUCUUCGGGAGAUUUUGAUUGACGAGAACCUUUCUCAGUAUUCUGUGGUCAUGCUUGAUGAAGCUCAUGAGAGGACAAUCCACACAGAUGUUCUUUUUGGACUACUGAAGAAGCUUGUGAAGCGGAGACUAGACCUUCGUUUGAUUGUCACAUCUGCUACUUUGGAUGCGGAGAAGUUUUCUGGUUAUUUCUUCAACUGUAACAUCUUCACUAUCCCUGGGAGAACUUUUCCUGUAGAGAUACUUUACACUAAACAGCCGGAAAGUGACUACCUUGAUGCAUCUCUAGUAACUGUUCUACAAAUACACUUGACAGAACCUGAAGGUGACAUCCUUCUUUUCUUGACUGGACAAGAAGAGAUCGAUUUUGCAUGCCGGUCUCUUUAUGAGAGUAUGAAAGGUCUUGGUAAAAAUGUCCUUGAGUUGAUUAUCCUACCAGUGUAUAGUGAGUUGAUUAUCCUACCAGUGUAUAGUGCCCUUCCUAGUGAAAUGCAGUCAAGGAUAUUUGAUCCUGCCCCACCAGGUAAGAGGAAAGUAGUUGUGGCUACUAAUAUUGCUGAGGCAUCACUGACCAUUGAUGGGAUAUUUUAUGUCAUUGAUCCUGGUUUUGCAAAGCAAAAUGUUUAUAACCCAAAGCAGGGGCUAGAUUCACUGGUCAUAACUCCAAUUUCCCAAGCAUCAGCUAAGCAACGAGCUGGGCGUGCUGGGCGUACAGGCCCUGGGAAAUGUUACCGCCUCUACACUGAGAGUGCAUACCGCAAUGAGAUGUCCCCUACUUCAAUUCCAGAAAUCCAGAGGAUAAAUCUUGGGACUACUACACUUACGAUGAAAGCUAUGGGGAUAAAUGAUCUCUUGUCUUUUGAUUUUAUGGAUCCUCCUUCACCCCAAGCACUCAUUUCUGCCAUGGAACAAUUGUACAGUUUAGGAGCGCUGGAUGAGGAGGGGCUGCUCACCAAAUUGGGUAGGAAAAUGGCUGAGUUUCCUCUGGAUCCACCCUUGUCUGAGAUGCUACUGGCCAGUGUCGACCUUGGAUGCAGUGAUGAGAUCUUGACCAUCAUUGCAAUGAUUCAGACUGGUAAUAUUUUUUACAGACCUAGGGAAAAACAAGCCCAGGCAGAUCAGAAGAGAGCCAAGUUUUUCCAGCCAGAAGGAGAUCAUCUGACUUUACUUGCAGUCUAUGAGGCAUGGAAAGCUAAGAAUUUUUCAGGGCCAUGGUGUUUUGAGAACUUUGUUCAGUUUCGAUCCUUGAGGAGGGCACAGGAUGUCAGAAAACAGCUUCUCAGCAUCAUGGACAAGUAUAAACUAGAUAUUGUCAGUGCUGGAAAGAAUUUUACAAAGAUCAGGAAGGCAAUUACAGCAGGGUUUUUCUUCCACGGUGCUAGAAAGGACCCGCAGGAGAGUUAUAGAACCCUAGUGGAGAACCAACCAGUUUAUAUACAACCAAAGCUCUUCCAGAGACAACCAGAUUGGGUGAUCUACCAUGAGCUUGUUAUGACCACAAAGGAGUUCAUGCGCGAGGUGACGGUCGUUGACACCAGAUGGCUCGUGGAACUGGCACCCAGGUUCUUCAAAGUGGCAGAUCCCACCAAGAUCAGCAAGCGCAAGCGUCAAGAACGUAUUGAACCGCUAUAUGAUAGAUACCAUGAACCUAACUCUUGGCGUCUUAGCAAGAGACGUGCUUGAUAUGUGUAUAAUAUGCUGCUUUUGGUUUUUCUGUAUGGAUUCAAUGUGAAUAUCUUGUAAUUGCUUGAGCUAAUUUUUGACAUUGAGUGCACAAAAUUUAGAAUCUCGUGUAAUUUUUGACAUUCAAUGUGAAUACCUUUUAACAUCCUCGUGAAA